UAUCCUGUGAAUCACGAUAUACUGAACUCACCUUACCGCGAAAUUGCUAUAACCAGUGCGCAUCUAACAGUUAACGCCCCGACUUCACUACCAAUCAAGAUGCCGCGUAUGAAUCUGGGCCUUCCCUACAACCAUUGUAACCACCAGCCAUGCCAGGUUGGCUUUCAGAGCCCUAACCUCCUCCGCUGCGGUGGUUGUCAUGUCGUCAAGUAUUGUGGCCAGCCGCACCAAAGGGCCGACCGACCCAAGCACAAGGUCCAAUGCAACCCGAUAAAGCAGACCAGAGAUAAGGCCUUAGAGGAAGAGGAAAAGCUGCGGAUCAAUCCCGGCGCAGACACAGACGGGAGCCCUUUCGACAACGCCGUAGGCCUUUUCUGGUUCUUCAAAAGCACUCGCCCUUACAUGCAAGCUCGCUUUGACUAUAUCACUGCCGUUCUCAACGUCCGCACCGGCGAAGCCGCCGAGAUCGCACUCGACCAUUCCCUCGACCUGCUUCGUCUCUGCCGAGGCGACAAUUUACGCGUUCGUUCCCAGGUUCCUGCGCUGUAUCUCCGGCUUGGGAGGGACCAGGAUGCAUACGAUUUCAUCAAAUGGUAUGCUGUCAGAGGCGACUCGCACUAUGACUGGCGCGAUAUGAACUUGCCGUUUCUCGACAUGCAUGGAGAGGAUACGUUUGAGGCUGUCGACGAGAAGCCCCACCACAUCGAGUUGGCCUUCUUCGUGGCCUUGACGCUCAUCAAGAUUCGUUUGAUGAAGGACUUAGAGUCCCUCCAAGGAUUCUUGCAGAGUAAUCCUAACGCGACAGGGGAAGCUAGGUAUGAUCAUCUGCAGGAGGAGGCGAUGAGCGAUAUACUUCUCAGACGGCCGGACAUUGUCGCGCAAGACAACUACGAGGAGACAAUCGCUGAGCUGCGGCGCCAGGCACUACAGUUGUAUAGGAUAGUCAAGGAAAAGAAUCCACAUUUCUGGCCGGGCAUCAUGAAUCCGAACCUAUACGCUCAUAGUGUGCCGACGAUUUAUACUUUCGGAUCACGAGAGGAGGCUGUGCUCGUUUUUCGGAACUCAUGGUACUCGUGGUCAGAGACAGAAGUGGCCAUACAGUUUAUCAGAGGGGUUAUACGCGACGAUGUGUAAACGUACAGCAAUGAAAAACUCUACGGAUAUUCUAUCUAGGAACAACUGAUAUAUUUUAGCCUUGACUUUGGCAUCUUAUGCAAUAUGAAUGGGCUCGGCGGCGAAACGCUGAGAACCCAUGUGCGGCUAUACGUUUGUGCGUUUAUUUGUUUGUUUGAAAGAAGAUGAUGCUGAAGAUGCUUGGGCUUUGUUGACGCACGAUAGGAUGUGUAUUGUUGCUGGCUAAAGUCGCAGUCGCCAAUGGAUGUAUGGGUUUCCUGGGGUACUCGUGAAUUUCGCGCUCUUUUCCCCGUCCGCAGUCGCAAUUGUGUUCCUUGAGUGGCAGUUGUUUUAAAAGUUCGACCUCGCUGUUGUGGAAAUUUUUGCGUUUCAGCAUAUGUUAUGUUAUGUUAUGUAUAUUUUUCGUCCGGGGGGCCGUAGACCCCGAAAGCCCCCUACUGGGGCACAGGACGUGCUGA